AAUUCGGACAUUACGGACCUGAUUGCUCCAAGAUAUGUAGUGUGAAUUGUAAAAGACAAACUUGUGACAAUGUCACUGGAUCCUGCACAUAUGGAUGUAUUAAUGGGUUCUAUUCAGAUAAAUGUGAAAAGAGUUGCAGUUUAUCAUGCCUGUCAACUUUCAAUAGAGACUCAAAGGAAUAUGAAGGCCAAUGUCCGGUUGGCAAAUAUGGAACUUAUUGCAAUAAAACUUGCAACUAUAAUUGUAAAAAUGGAUGCAGUAAAGUCAAUGGAUUAUGCGAUUUUGGGUGUAUUACCGGGAAAUUUGGAGUUGACUGUCUCCGAAACUGUGCUGAUGGAUGUAUAUCUGGUUGUCUUCAAGACGAUGGUAGUUGCACUUGUAAAACAGGAUGGCAGGGUCAAAAAUGUGAUGAAUGCAGCCAAACUCAUUACGGACCACAAUGUGAUCAACUAUGUAGUCCAAUCUGUAUAAAUAGAAUCUGUUUUUCAAACAACGGGUCAUGUAUAAG